AAUGUACAGCGCUGAGCAAACCUAUAUAAAUACUGUAUAAUAAUAAUAUACUAUAUUGCCAAAAGUAUUGGGACACCCCUCAAAAUCAUUGGAUUCAGGUAUUCCAAUCGCCUCCAUGUGGCCACAGGUGUAUAAAAUCAAGCACCUAGGCAUGCAGACUGUUUCUACAAACAUUUGGGAAAGAAUGGGUCGCUCUCAGGAGCUCAGUGAAUAUAAGCGUGGUACCAUGAUAGGUUGCCACCUGUGCAAUAAGUCCAUUUGUGAAAUUUCCUUGCUACUAAAUAUUCCACGGUCAACUGUUAGUGGUAUUAUAACAAAUUGGAAGCAACUAGGAACAACAGCAACUCAGCCACGAAGUGCUAGGCCACGUAGAAUGACAGAGUGAGGUAAGCACAUGCUGAAGAGCACAGUACGUAGCAGUUGCCAACUGUCUGCAGAAUCAAUAGCUAAGGACCUACAAACUUUGUGUGGCCUUCAGAUUAGCACAACAGUAUAUAGAGAGCUUCAUGCAAUGGGUUUCCAUGGCCGAGCGGCUGCAUCCAAG